AUGCUAGGCGGCAAACUUGUUAGCACUGUACUUAGAGAAGUAUUGGAUGCAAGUCUUCGUGUACACUUCGAACAGUUGCAGGAGGUUCGGGCCAGGCUCCGUAACGAUUCGCCGGGACGGAUCGAAGCCGCCUUUUCUAAUCUGGAGGAGGGCCUGUUAAGACUUAGUCAAGGACUGAGCAAGUCAAAUGCUGGUAUGUUUUAG